AUGGCCCGAAAGAAUAAGUCGGCUAAGAAGCAGCACGCUGAUGUCAAUUGCAACUACUCCGGUGCAGCAAAGCCUGCCAGUCUGAAGCAGGUUAAGCAGCCUCAGCCUAAAGGCUCCCAGCCUAACUCCAGCAUGGCAAAGCAAGCUAUCUGGUGCGGUGACUGUGAGACCAUGGUCCCCCGCCAGCACGUUUGUGCUGCAACCUGCAUGCGUUGCAACAACCGCUUUGCCCUUAAGGACGUCCCACGCCAUGAUUGUAUCGCCAUUACCUGCUGCGGCUGCUGCCAGGGAAACGUUACUCAGCACGAGCGCCCUACCCUAGCUGCUCGAAUCUCAGCUGCUCAAACUCCCGCUGCGGUUCCUGAUGAGAACCCCGUUCCGCCUCGCCCUACCCCGAAGCCCCGUGCUCCAAAUUCCAACAAGGUUUGGAAGAAGAAGAAGGCUCGCAAGAACAAGCACAAGCACCGUUCUAUUGAGGAGUAA